CCCUAAUUUUUCCGUGUUUCUUUUUUCCAGGCCUUCCCACCUCUACUGAGAAUUAAAAUGACAGCGAGCAACGUCUUGGAGGAGGUAUUCCAGCCUUCCUCCAGGGGUUGAAGAGAAGACUUCCUGCAGUAUUCACGUGUCGUGUUGUUCUGAAGUGCUCUUUGGUGUUGUUGUUGUUUUUUAACCUGCAAAGGUAUUUUGUCCAUCCCUGUUUUCUCCGCCUCAAAACGGAACUGGUGUCCCUGUCCUCCCAAGGAUGCCGGACACCUGUGAAGCCUUGGGACGAGCCGGCGGCCUGGUGACCUUGAACGUUGGGGGCAAACUCUACAGUACCACUCUGGAGACCCUCACCCGCUUCCCGGACUCCAUGUUGGGCGCCAUGUUCCGCGGGCCUCAGCCGGCCCUCACCGACAGCUGCGGCAACUAUUUCAUCGACCGGGACGGCAAAACCUUCCGCCACAUCCUGAACUUCCUCCGUUUCGGCCGGCUGGACCUCCCCGAGGGCUACGCCGAGCUCUCCCUCCUGCGGGCCGAAGCGGACUUCUACCAGAUCCGCCCUCUUCUAGAGGCCCUGCGGCGUCUGGAGGCAGAGCGGUGGCGCCAGCGCAGGAACGCCGUCCUUCACGCCGACGUGGAUCUGCGCAAGCGCCUGUUGCACUUCAACGUCCGCCGGGGCCCACAGAAUUACGAGCUGAGUACCUGCUCCCUCCAGAUUUUCACGGCCAACGUCUUCUGCACCGACGGCUACUUCCUGGCCUUGCUUCGCAAACGCUUGGGCUGCGUGGAGGGCUGCGGCGGUGGCCUGGCCGAAGGGCAUUCUGGGAAAAGUUUGGGCCAACCUCUGAGAGGGACAAAGCUCUUGAGCUACCACAGCCAGCCCGGCGGCUCGGAUGGGACGGCAGCGAGAGGACCUCGGAACGGCUCCGGUCGGAAUUCAAGCCCCACCGAUGAUAGAGAGCUUCACGAAUGGAAGAGGCAGUUGGAUGGUCCUGCGUUCGCCAACGGCGAGCUGAGGAUUUCCCCAGGUGAUUAUUCCACAGACGAAGAUUCGGAAACGGAUGAUGAGACCUUGGAUGGUUCCUCGGAAAGAUCCUCCUUGGGAAGCACCACCUGCCAUCAUCUUUGUCUGGAGUGGGCUCCUCAUCCGCCAGAGCUUCCUGCGACAGAAUACGUCAAGCAGAACCUGCGCCCGCUGGUUGCGGGCGGAAAGGAGAUCAGAACAGCCAACGAGUUCCUGGAAGAGGUGUUGAAGGCGGCGUUGGCUCAGGGCUUCCGCGUGGAUUCCGUUUUCCCCGACCCGGCGGAUAUCCUCAACGCCCGGUCGCUGCGGUUUGUCCGCCAUUGAACGCUUCCACCGAAUCCCAGCUGUGGAGUCGCAUCCUGUAAGAGCCAACGCCAUUGUGGAGGAAAAGGGAGAUGGUUCGACCCGUGCGCCUUCAGCCUCCCGACCGAUCCGGCCCCUGCCUCGAGGGACGGGGUCUUCCUUCUGCCUCCCCGACCGACUCACCAUUUUCUGAGAGCUGCUGAAAUGACCAGGAGCACCCAGGCAGGAUUUGGAGGGCUGGGGGUGAAAAGUCAUUGCCUGCCGUUUCCCAGGGGACUUUUCCGUACAAGCCUGCACCGGUAACCCUUCGGAAGCCCGUCCGUCCGACCUCCACGGGUCCCCUCUAAAAGACGCUCUAUUUAUUCCGCAGACUUUUAUCAGUGUCAAAGUACACUUUAUUUAUUUGUGAUAUUUAUACCUCCCCUUCAAGAUUGUUUACACGGCUCUCUUCCUCUCUCGUUCCGCCUCCCAACAACCUGGCGAGGUAGAUCAGCCUCAGAGAGUUAAGAGUCACCCAGGGUCAUUGAAUGAAGCAAAGGGAUGAUUUGAACCCAUGGCUCCUGAGCCUUCGCCUAGCGCCUCCACCGGCGCGCUGCCUUCCCUCUGGUGCAGAGGCUGUUGAGCUGCAUCUUCAAAACCGGCUUCGCCAUCAUUUUCCGCUUGGGAGAUUCCGGUUGCUUGUGUUUCUCAGGGAUUUUUAAACAGUAUUUUUUAGAUUGUUCCCCGGACUGCCCUUUCUAGACUUUCUUGAAGGGGGGGAUGCCACGCCAAUUAAACAGGUUUCAAACCAGUUUAAUUUUGCAACCUUCCCCAGGCUGUUUAAAAUGUGCAUUUCCUUAGACCUGUUUCGGCUUUACCUCCUCCUCCCCCCUUCUUUGGUCUGCCUUGCUUCCGGGUUCAUUUCCUACUGGGUUUCUGCCCUGCAGAUAUUAAAAGAGAGCAUGGCGGAGUUUGGAGUUUUAAUUUUUCGGGGGUGGUGGUGGUGGUUUGAUCCUUCCCGGAAUUCCCUAGCCAGCAAAAAUCUUAUUAAAAGGGACGUGAACACCUUCCGCCUCUCUCCGCACAAUAAGGCCUUCAAAGGUCUGUUUAUCCCCAGGUCACUUCUACGUCCAGCGUUUCCCUUUAUAGAAAGGGGCAGUGUUCAGAAGACGAUUAAACUGAGGAUGGCGCAAGGUUCUGCUGGCUAAGAGCGCCUGAAAUGAGUCUGUUAAGCCCUUUGGUGCCUCAGCACUUUCUGUGUCUCCUUCCCCCCCCCCCCAAAUAGCAAACCAGCACAGCUGGAGGUGAAGCUAAAUAGGGGAGGCCUGAACCAGGGGUUUUCCAGCUGUUCUUUAUCUUGUCUCUGACUCAGCACAGCGUGGUUUUAAUAAAUACCAGUUUCCUGCUCCUUGUUUUGGAAGUAAACGCCACUCUGCUUAGUGCACGUGGUUUGCAGGUAAAAGGUCUGUAGCGUUGCAGCUUCCAGGGGCUCUCAUGUAAACCUAGGGAGGAGAAAGCAUAGCUCAGCCAGUGUUUUUUUGGACCACGUCUCCCAUCAGCCCCAGCCAGUGUCGACGAUGGUAGGGAGGGCCAGGAAUUGCAGUUCAGCAACAAGGGAAGAACGCAACGUUGCCACCACCAGCACUCAGAUUCCACCUCCAGGAAGCUUCCCCAUUCAUCCGAGAAAUUAAUUCUCAUUGAGUCGCUUGGCAUAAUUCAGGUUGCCCACCAAGCAUCUCUGGUGCCUUUGUCAGAAAUGCAAAAGUGUUUUUGGAAAAGAAAAAUAACCACACAGAUGGCGCUCCAUACAGAUUUUUGGUGGAUCCUGCCUCUUUACUUCCCUCUCUUUAUGAGAACCCGCUUUUUGCCCGCUGUCUGUUUCUUGUGUAAACUAGUGAUCGACCCACCUCUUCUCAUCAAGAAAAUCACCGCAGGGACUCCGUUUGCUCAGGGGGCCAGUGGGGAGGCCUCUGCCUGCAGAAAGCGGAGUGCGUUGAGCCUGGAGGCGAGGAGGCCGAGAGGGUAUCCUGGUUGACAUCUUUAAAUAUUUGACAGUCGGUCACAGAGAGGAGAGAGCAAAUUUGUUUUCUGUUGCGCCAGACAGGAAAUGGGAAGGCGUGGGUUCAAGGGAGCCAGCAAAAGGGGCUUCGCCCUACCUGGGAUGGGAAGAGGGAGGGUCCGUCUGCAAUUUUCCCUUCCCUUCUAUUGCAAGAUGGGGUGAAGUCGGAGCUGCUUUGGGAGAACCAGGCCUCUGGAGGGCAACAGCGGAGAAGUUUAGGGGGUGCCAGCGUGUGGAGUUUGCCACCAAAUGGAAAGGCUGCUCCUCGUGAGGAAUGUCAGGCGGUGUCAGGGCAGUACGUUCCUCUCUCGGGAGCACAAGCUUCCAGCCCCAGUUCAAAACCAGGCUGGUUUCAGGCUGUAAAGCUCUUUCGCAUCCUCUCCCUGCUACCCAGUGUCCUGCUUGUUGUAGAUGUUGCAUAGUGUGAUUGGGUUCGGGUUUGACCACCAGCGGUUCCCUAGUCAUUCUCCCAAUGACCUCUUCUUUGGAUAAAUGGACAUGCUCCAUUUUAUAGGCGCGGGUGCCUUCAACUGACAGGGACGGGGUGGCACUGUGGGUUAGAC